AUGCCUACCACCCGCAAGACCAGGACGAGCACUCGCAAGCCCGGCAUCAUGAGCAGGCUUCGUGGUCGUCGUGCUGGGACGACAACCACCACCACUACCACCACUACCAAGACCACCAAGACCACUUCGGGCCGCAAAGCUGGUCUGACCACUCAUCACCACAAGCGCAAGCCUACCCUCAAGGACAAGGUCUCGGGCGCCAUGCUCAAGCUCAAGGGAACCGUAACCCGCAGACCUGGCGAGAAGGCGGCCGGCACGAGACGCAUGCGCGGAACUGAUGGCAGAGGUAGCCACCGCAGAUAUUGA